AGUAUCAGUUCUCGAAAGCAGUAAUCGGUAACAAUAUUAAAUUAGCAAAAGAAGGAAAAUAUCCAUUUAUCGUGUCAAUCAGUAAAAAGAAUAUAAACGUUAUGGCUGUCCAAAAUCAUUGGUGUACUGGAACAUUAAUAUCGAAAAAACAUGUUUUAACUGCUGCACAUUGUCUUUGUAAAGAUAUAAAGAAUUACGAAGUGAUUAUUGGUUCAGUUUACUUAGGAAAGGGGAAAAAAUAUAAUAUAAUAUUGUGGAUGUCAUACGAGCAAUGGGCUUCAUCAAAAAACAUACCAUUACAAAUCCCAGUAAAUGAUAUAUCCGUUAUAUUAUUAGAAAAUGCAAUUAAUGAUCCACAUAUAAUCUCAGCUACUUUUUCAAACAAAACUGAUCAAGAAUUAUAUGGAUCGACUGUGUUAGUAGCAGGUUGGAGUAUUUUAAACAAUAUUGAAGCAUCAUAUUAUAUGAAAAUGGCAUUAUUAAAAAUUUUAAUAAAAAAUGACUGUGAAGAAAUCAUGAAUAGGCAUAAAGGAAUGAGAAUCAUCAUUUUUGAUACAAUGUUUUGCACCAUCGCAUAUCCAUCCAUAUUAUUAAGUUAUGGUGACAGUGGAGGUCCACUACUCGAUACAAAUAAUAAUCUUAUAGGGGUUAAUAAAGGAACUUGUCCAAAAAAUGAAAAAUCUAUAACAACUAAUGUCGUAAAUAUUCACACAAGCAUGCACUAUUACAAGAAUUUCAUUAAUGAAAUUUUAAAUACAUUUUAAAUCAGUUGCUACGUAACAAGUUUACACUAUCAGGAUAUCGAUGCACUUUUACGAAAGUUCAAAUUCUUUUUUUAAAUUUGCCAACUCAUUCUUAUACUCAUGUAAAUAUAAUUAAU